CCAACCAAAUCCAAAGCGCCGCCAUGCCGUUUCUACCUGAAGAAAUCGUCCGAGAAAUUAUCGGCUGCCUGCCGCCGAAGGCGCUGUUGCGUUUCAGGUCCGUUUCCAGAUCAUGGCGAUCCUUAAUCGACAGCAAACAAUUCAUUCAACUGCAUCUGCACAACUCCUUGAGAUCCAACACAAAUCUCACUCUUUUAGUCGAUUCAUCCCGAUUUUACUGCGUAGAUCUGGAUUCCUUCAACCAAUUGCAAGUUGGCGACGCACGAAUCGAGCCUUUCUCCGUCAAAGGCUCCUCCAAUGGCCUCGUUCUUCUCACCCCCACCUCCGGCGACAUAUUCCUCUGGAAUCCGGCAAUCCGGAAGCAGCUCAAAUUGGCCGCGCAACCGCCGAUUCCCCAUCGAUUUUUCAGAUUCGACUACGUGCAGGCUAUAUUCGCGCUGGGAUACGAUUCAAAACACGACGAUUAUAAAGUUGUUAGCGUUAAUCAGGCUGUAACCGGCAGGGAUGGCAAUACCUUCGCCACGGAAACGACGAUCUACAGCCUCAAAUCCAAUUCAUGGAAGAAGGCAAAGGAUUUCCCCUAUUUGUUGCCACGUCACACUUCAAGAUGGGGAAUCUACCUGAACGGCGCGCUCCACACGGUUGCGAAACACGGCGACAACCCUGAGAUGGUGAUCAUGGCGUUUGAUCUCGGAAAGGAAGAGCACCGCGAGAUUCCGCUGCCGGAACACAGCGUCGGCGCGAUUCGUGGUUUGGAAUCAGUAGAGGUGAUGGGAGGGUGUCUCGCGGCGGUUGUUCCUGGGAGGAAAUGUAGCACUGAGAUCUGGUUGAUGAAGGAAUACGGCGUGAAGCAGUCGUGGAUGAAAUUACUGCAGCUCGAUCCGCCGCCGCGCGGCGAUCUGCGGCCGCUGGCUUUCUCCAAGAGCGGCGGCGAGGUUUUGCUGAACGACGAUGGAAUGUGCCUCAGCUGGUACGAUCUGAAGAAGAAAACUGCCGCAAUCGCUCGUGUUAGCGGCUUCAGCGCCUCGUUUGAGGCAAAGGCGGAUGAGCCGUUUUUCGAUACGGAGGUUGUUGUUGGGAGCCUUGUUUGGCCUUGUGUGGAGGAGGCACAUGGUCCAAGAAAAGGUGUGAAGGAGAUGAAGAUAAAGAAGAGAAAGUCAAUCACUUCUCCUCUCCACAAGUAGAGCACUAUGUUGGUGUUGGUCUGAGGAAGGAACCAGUCGAACUGCAAUCGACGAACCAAACCAUCAACAAAGGGAAUGGCUCAAUAGCCCUAUGAUAAAAACCAGGAAAGCCCAGCUGAACUUUCUGAACAUUACUUUAUCAAGCCAUUCAUUCUCUUUAUAGAGACCGCCAUGAAACUCUUCAAUGACGAUGUUUAUGAGAGCCUCCACGAGCUUCUUUGGAGGGCCAACAUCUUUUGAUUUCAACACCUGAACUCUGGCUUCUCUUAGAUGGCUUAGAGUAUCCACGAUAGGGGAGCCGCGGCGGGGGAGGGGGGGCGCCCAUGGGAGCGCCACGGUGACGGCUCUGCCAAGGCUCUUGGGCGAGAGCCGCGGCUCCGCCCAUUUCCGAAUUUUUUUUAAAUUUUUAAUAUUUUCGAAAAUUGUUUAUAAAUACCUCAUUCUGCGGCUCCGCCCAUUUCCGAAUUUUUUUUAAAUUUUUAAUAUUUUCGAAAAUUGUUUAUAAAUACCUCAUUCCACACAUUUUCACAUCACCCACAUUUUACACCCUUAAUUUUCAUUCUCUACAUUUUUCAAUUUUUUUUAUUAAAUUAUGCAUUUUUUAUAAUUAUUAUAGUCCGAUAAUUUUUAUUCUAAUUAAAUUAAAAUAUACAAAAAAUGAAAAAAAAAAAAAAUUAAUUUGUGGCUUGAGCUUGUCCGCUAUUAAGGUGGACAAGUUUUUUUUUUAUGGCCGACCAAGUUUCUUGGCCUUGGCCAAGUUUUUGUGGCAUGGGCAGAGGGCCAUGGGCUUUUCUAUCGUGGACACCCUUAUCACCAACUCCGCCUCAAUUGAUCCUACCAUCUUGAAAGAAUCAACUUGAACUGUUUCGAAGGAUUCAUGUUUGUAAGGUUUAGCAGUAGUAAAGGAGGAGGAUGGCGUUGAAGUCGGAUCUGAGACAGAAAGUGAUUCUGAUGGUUGUGUCUCUGUUGGAUGAACUGAAGUCAAUAAGUUGUGGAAACAGAAAUGAUGGUUAAUCAUCAAACACUUAUGAUAUUAAACACAUCAAAGUAUUCAUUCCUACUUGAUGAUUUACUAUUCGAGCUUGUUAUAUGCAAGCAAGAACAUUAAUGCAGGUAAAAGAACCUCAGAAUA